UUGUGACACAGUGGCCGUCGCCCAGGGGAUGGGCCGGUGUCCUUUGUGACCCGUGGGGAUAAAGGUGUUGGCGGCAACGCGGCCACGCCACCGUGCUCGGAGCGGGCGACUGGGCAGGACGGGACAGAGCGGUGCUGUGAGGAGCCUCCUCGCAGCCAACUCCUUUCUCGUCGACCAGGAGCGUUUCUGAGAGUUCUUUUGUGAUCAACUUCCCUCGAGGCCACAGCACAGGAGUUGGGGACCCGGAGCAUUUCUGAGGUGACCCCACUCCCUGUGGGAGUGGCCCUCGAGGCCAGGCCACGGGCCUUGGUGACCCGGAGCUUUUCCGAGGAGUCACCAGUCCCUGUGGCAGCGGCCCUUGAGGCCAUUUUGUGAGACUUUGCCACCAGGGGCUGUUCCAAGUCAUCAGCAGCCCCUGUGGCAGUGGCCCUUGAGGCCAUUGGUUGAGACUUUGCCACCAGGGGCUUUUCCAAGCCAGUCCCUGUGGCAGGAGCCCCGCAGGCCAUUGCGUCACACUUGGCCGCCAGGGGUUUUUUCCAGGUUUCUCCCCCGCAGGUGCCCUCAACACCAGACUGUGCCAUGGCGGGGGGAUGCUUCGGCCUGUGCCGGCUGCUCCGGAGGAAGAGGAAGAACAGGAGAGGCCCUGGAGCUGGCCCAGCACAGGAAGCAGAGGAGGAGGUGCAGCACUUGCAGCCACUGCAGCAGGAUCCAGGCCGGGACCACCCAGAAGAGCAGGACCGCGCCCGUGGCCACUUGCGCAGGGCAGUUCAGAGGUUGCUGAAAUUCAUGGGACUUCGGCGCAGAACAGCCACGACCGCACCGCCCGAGCUCCCGGCACAGCCUGACACCAGCGCAGCCGAGCUCGAGGCGGAGCCCAAUGUCAGCACUGCACCGAGUGACUGUGCAGCCAGCGGUGACAUGGCACCAACUCAUGUCACAGCAACCUUGGACAUGGCAGCCAUUGAUGGCACAGAAACCACCGACAUGGCACAGCUUGAUGACAGAGCAACCACUGACACGGCAGAGGUUAAUGGCACAGCCACCUGUGACAUGGCACCGAUGGAUGGCACAGCCACCUGUGACACCGCGCUGGCUGACACCAAGACAAGCUCUGACAAGGCACCAACUGAUGUCGGGGCCAAGGCUGACGCCACAACUGAGGGCAUCGCAGACACCGACUGCCUGCCCAUGGACAGUGUCACUGAUGCUCCCGGUCUGGGGGUUUUGGAGCAGAAAACCGUCUCCAGUGCAAAUGAAGUGCCAGCCAUUGUCAGCCCCAUCCACCAGUGGCUCACGUGCCAGGAGUCUCCAGAGGUCAGGCCGCCCAUUGCCAUCCGCAGGCUGGCCCACGCACACCCUGGGCACGUGGUGACAACUCUCCUGCACUGUGCCCCAGCGUGUGACAGAGCUGCUGCAAUCCUGUGGAGGACCAUCGCCUCCUCGGCCACCACAGCGCACAAGGUGCUGCCAACGCUGCUCGGGGUGAUGGAGGACUGGCCACUGCACAGCGUGUCCACCUCCGACAGGGACCACGUGGACGUCUUUGCCCUGGCUGCAACCCUGGCCCUGUGGCUGAUGGUCCAGGAGCCCCAGUGCCAAGAUGCACUCUUCGUUUAUGCCCCUCGUCUCCUCCUGGCUCUGCUCUGCCAAGUUUCAAUGAGCACUGAGCAGAUGUCACAGGAGGUCAGCAUCUUCUGGAGGGGAUGCCAGGAGCUACACGGCCUUCCCACCCACCCCAACAGCUUUGUGGUCCAGACCAUCCGGGCCCUGCUCUGCCGGCUGCAGUGGGACCAGGAGCUGGUGUCAGUGGAGCGCAAGCGUGGCUGGGACGCGCUCCUCUCUGCUGACACCCACCACUACGCGGUGGGGCUGCUGGCCAGGGAGAUGCGCCACGUGUUGGUCCCCUCCUAUGGCCCGCUGGCAAGGCACCUGCUGGGGCUGCUCAGCAGGGAGGGGCCCCGCUGGGAGCUGCCUGCCCUGGCCUUCCUUGUCGAGGUCCUCAACUAUCUGGACGUGAGCGCAGGUGAUGACAGUGUCCUGCAGAUCCUGGCAAGGCACCUGCAGAGCCAGUGCCCAGAGAGGCGGCGCCUGGCUCUGCGAGGGCUCCUGGUGCUCAGCGGGGAUCCCUCCAUGGUCAAAAGCAUCUGCAGCCUGUCUGAGCCCCUCCUGGAGUUGCUGCGUGAUGGAGAUGGAGAGCUGGUCAGGAUGACCCUCUCCGUGUUCCUGAAUGUGCUCCAGGAUGGAGACAACACUGACGGGUUCAGCUCCACUGCCCCGAGGCUGGUUGAGGCGCUCCGGCCAGUCUUUGACAACGACAACAGCCACGUGCAGCUGCUCUCCAUUCGCCUCUUCCGAGAGGUGAUGGAGGUGCUGGCGGAAGAGGGAACAGAGCCCUGGGAGAUGCAGGUGCGCCAGAGCCUGGUCCCACUGUUCUUCCGCUGGCACGACGAGAACCAGCGCGUGGCAGAGGCCGCUCGGGAAGCACUGCUCUGGGCUACAAGCUUCCUCAAGAGGAAGGACCUGGAGCAGCUGCUGGAGACAGAGCAGCCCUUCAGAUUUUGUGACUGCCUGAUGGAAAAGGACAGGAGCCGAAGGGGCGAGCACCUGCAGCAGGCCCUGCCCUACCUGCAGAGCCCACAGGAGCCCCUGCGAGAGGCGGCCGUCAGGUUCAUGGGGCUCGCCGGCUGGCACAUGAGGGAGUGGCAGCAAGACCUGUGGCCCAUCCUCAAGGGCCUUACAGCCAUGAGCGAGGACGACUGCCCCUCCCUCUCCAACAUAAGAACCCAACUCGUGGACACUUACAGCCGUGCCAUGAGACGACCAAUGUCCCUGCAACAGCCCCGCAACAGCCCAGGGACCACUUCUCAGCGCGGCUGCACCUGCAGCUGAUGUUGGACCCAACUGAGCCAGCCCGCAAGGCCAGGCAGCUCUUGGCCUCUGCAGCCCCAGUGGCAGCUGCCUCCUUCCAUUCCCUUCUCCUGACCCCACUUCAUCCUUCCCCUACCCCUGAUGUUAAUAAACCCUGGCUUUCUCCCCUUA